AUGAUUUGGGACUAUUUAUUCGGUACUCAGAAAGCAGACCAAAGUAGCUCAAUAAACGAUAAGAGCGCGAUUUGCGGAGGACUCCAUUUCAGAAACCGCCCGCUCGAGGAUCCACAGCAACUUCAGUCUGUUGAAAUAGAAUCCAAAGAAAAAAUCCGCCGGAGCGUACUCUGCGGUAAAGAAGGUCUCUGGAAAGUUCCCCCGGAUGCGCCGCAAACGAUCCUGGCAUGUUUCGAAAACGGGUUGAAAAUCUCACGUGACCGCGUGUCCGAUGGAACGUACAAAACAAUCACUUAUGAUCAACUAAACGAAGACAUUCAAAUGGCUGCGAAGGCCUUUCAAAAAAUGGAUCUCCUUCCAAAAGAAGAUAAAUUCGCCAUUUUCAGUCAAAACUGCUACCAAUACGACGCUGCUAUUCUAGGAGGCUACUACCGCAACUUGUGUAACGUCAGUCCAGGGAUACGUAACGCUGUGGUAGACUCGCUCUUUCCACUCCAAAAAAUCAAAGUUCACGCGCAAAACAGUACUCCUCGGCGUGACAAAAAAGUUCUCUACGAUACGCUUGGAAAUGAUGCUGUCAGGUAUAUCCUUAAUCACAUCGAGGCAAAGUGCGUUUUUGUUGGAGACGAAAAGAAGCUCGAUGCGAUUUUGGAAAUUGCCGAAGACUUGCAUUUCUUACGAUUCAUCGUGACUUUUGAAGAAUCUCCUUCCAAUAAAACGAACACGAAUCAUGGAAAGAUCAAAAUCAUCUCCUGGGAAGAGUUUUUAUCCUCCGGAGCGGAUGUCAAUCUUGUCGAAAGAAAACCGUCUGCCAAGGACAUUGCGACGAUCAAUUAUACUUCAGGGACGACGGGCAACCCAAAGGGUGCUGUCUUGUCCCACGAAAACGUUACAACCCUGGCGCUGGGAAUUAUCACGUGGUUCCUCCCUCAGCCCAUCGGCUACAAUGAAAGAUGGUUUAGCUACCUGCCAAUGGCGCAUGUUUUCGAGCGAUCUGUCAGGUGUAUCAUUUUCACGGUGGGGGCGCAAUUUUGGUUUUCCUCCGGUAAUCUACUGAAGCUGCUCGAUGAGCUGGCCAUCGUCCAGCCGACUGUCUUCGGCACUGUUCCACGUGUUACGAACAGACUUUAUGACAGAAUCAAGGCUGCUAUGGCAGAGAGUCCUUCAAAGAACUGGCUGAUAUCUUUUGCUCAAAGUGCAAAGCGAAACCUGCUGAAUCGUGGUAUAGUGACUCGCGAGACUUGGUGGGACUACUUUGUCCUGUCGAAGAUUCAGAAGCUGGUGGGCGGCAAAGUGCAUACAUGGAAAUCCUUCCCUGUAGUCAAAAUCCGUCCUCGGAAUAAUCGUGGAAAAAACCCAAAAGUCCGCGCUUUUGUCCGCGAAAUUUUCGGCUGCCACGUGAUUGAAUCUUACGGUACAACGGAAAAUGUUGGCUGUGGUUGCGCCACAACUUUUACCAAUUUUACCGUCGAUGAUGGCUCUGUCGGUCCCCCGCAGCCCUGGAAUGAAGUAAAGCUGGUGUCUGUUCCCGAAAUGGAUUAUUUCGCGGAAGACAAUUGUGGCGAAAUUUGCUUCCGAGGGGCAAAUACGAUGCUGGGCUACUUUAAAGAGCCGGAGAAGACACGGGAAACGAUUGACAAUGACGGCUGGCUCCAUACAGGAGAUAUUGGAAGAUGGGACCAGUAUGGAAAUUUGCACAUUUUUGACAGAAAAAAGAAUAUUUAUAAACUUGCUCAGGGAGAAUACGUCGCUCCAGAAAAGAUCGAAGGAGUGCUUGGAAAGCAUCCUUUGGUAGAACAAAUUUUUGUCUGGGGAAGCAGCUAUCAUCACUACAAUGUCGCAGUUUUGGUUUUUUCAAAAGAAGUGCUUCGGAAAAAAUUUGGCAGCGAGUCUGUUAGUUUGGAAUCGGACGAGUUACUUGCUUGGGUUCACGCUGAAAUUGAACAGUAUGGGCGCUCAGAGGGAUUAAAAGGAUUUGAAAUUCCAAAAAGGAUCAUCAUGGAGCAAAUCGCAUUCACGGUGGAUAACGGGCUCCUAACACCAACGCAAAAGGCCAAACGCCCAGCAAUCUACAAGAAGUACAAACCGCAGAUUGAUGAUUUGUAUAACAAAUAA